AUGACUGAGUCUUUGUGCGAUACAUGCAAGCAGUUUGCCAAAGACUUUGCUGAGAUUGAUGCUGAAGAGUCGAUUCCCCGCCGGACAAUUGCACCGAAUGUCUACAAACUCAAAGAAGCAGCGCAGAACGGCUGUGCUCUGUGCCAAAUAAUAUACCAGUCCUUUUGUUACCAAACUUCAAAAUGUAAUUGGACAGAGACAUUGGCUAUUCAUCUUUCGUCAUACAAGCUUCUCCGCUCUUACAGAAAAUCUAAAGCUGAAGGACAAGAUCCGAAAGAGCCAAAGAUUUGGUGCGGUAUUGGAUUAGACAUAGACCGCAGUCGGUGGCACCCCCUGCCACUUGUCACGGAUGAGGAGGAUGAAGAUGAAGCAAGCAUUAGGGAACAGAUCUCGCGCAAUGCAAGAACAGUAGCAGAUUUAUCAUCAGCAGAGGGUGUUGAAAAGGCUGUUGCAUUGGCCAACAGGUGGAUACAUAGCUGUUCAACGAGCCAUGAAAAAUGUGGUAUGCAGCCUGAGGGUUUAGACCAAACCAAGACGAUACCGACAAGACUCAUCGAUGUUGGCCCCAAAGAUGGAGCAGCUCCCCCAAAGAUAGUGAUCACAAACUCCUCACCCGAGAUCGAGUAUCUUGCAUUGAGCUAUGCAUGGGGUUCAGGCCACGAAUUCGCCAAAACGACAGCAUCUAAUCUGAAAGAGAUGACGAAACAUCUGCCAUGGGGUCAUCUUGCAAAGACCGUACAAGACGCGAUUAUCUUUACGAGAAAGUUAGGAUAUAGGUAUCUGUGGGUGGAUGCUCUCUGCAUAUUACAGAGCGAAGGACCAGAUGACCAGAGGCACAAAGACGACUGGUCUUACGAGGCGGCGAGGUUCGGACAAUACUACGAAAACGCCGCCUUGACGAUCGCCGCAAGCGGUGCCAUAUCAUCCCAGCAAGGACUGUUCCUCGAUAGGCCCGCACUUGAGCUCGAUCCGCAACCAGUGACGCUCACAAUCAAUAAGAUCUCUGGGGACACCACACACCUUGAAGUUCAUCCAGCGUCCCCUUCAUGGGAACUAAGUAUCCAGAAUGCCCCCCUUCUUACCAGAGGAUGGGCAAUACAAGAACGGGUCUUAUCAAGAAGAAUACUCCAUUUUGGCGCCAACUGUUUGCUGUGGGAAUGCUCUGAACUCAAAACUACAGAAGCGAACCCCAAUGGCCCAGAACCUAAGAUUUACGGUUACAGAAACGAAGAAUUUGUAUCUGUUUUUGGAAACUUGCAGGGCCAGAAGCAAGACGAUCUUAUAACGCUGUGGUACCAAUUUGUCGAGGUUUAUUCUGGCACAAACUUCUCUUUCUAUAGAGAUAAGCUACCUGCGCUGUCCGGCGUCGCCAAGAGAAUCCAAAGUUGUUUCCCACAAGAUUACAUAGCAGGCAUAUGGGAGUCUUCUAUCCCUCAGGGGCUGCUUUGGAUAGGCUGGGGAGGGCAAGAGCCUGAAGCUGACCCAUUUCGUGGAACCAAUCGACCCUCAUGGUGCUGGGCCUCUCCUAUUCAUCCGAUCACGUUUCUGCCAAUCAUGACCAACUUCAAAGAAAAUUAUUUAACCCUUCAAGUGAAAUCGUGGUCAGUAAGGACGAACGGGUCUCAGACAUCAGGCCAGAUACUCGAGGGGAGUGUGACUAUUUGCGGCCCUGUCAAGCGAUUCAACCUCUACGACCUGAACUUGGAUUUCGUUUUUGUUCCGAAUGCUUACGACAGGGAAGGGAAUACAAUCAAGACCGAAGCUAUCCUUGGAAUUCGAAAGCCCGAGGACCGCAUCGCAUACUUGGAUUAUACCAACUUCUUAGGAACAAUCAAGCGGAGUUAUACUUGCAUGUUGGUAGCGAAGCUCCUCCCGUCAAUGUGGACUAAACAUGAAAAGAAAGUGAUCGGGGCUGCGCUGAUCCUGGAGGCCACAGACCAUGAUGUAGCUGUCGAUCAGUAUAAGCGAAUUGGCGUGCUUUGUCUUGCAUAUGAACAAUAUUGGGCCAGUGUUCAGGCGAGCAAAACUGUUGAACUCGUCUAG